GAUGCUGAAAUGUUCUCUGCAGACGGACUGACGGACUGCGUGGAUCCAGACUGCUGCGAGCAGCUGAGCUGCGGCUCUGACCCCCUGUGCCACGGCUCGGCCGACCCCCUGGCCUUGUUGCAGCAGAACCCGCUGUCCCCCCCCACACCUGCAGGCACGCACACGCAGAGCUUCUACCGCCGCAUACGCUUCCUUCUCGGCAAGGCGGCCACACACACUCUCCCAGGAGAGGUGCCCUUUGAUACCAGUCGUGUGGCUGUGAUUCGAGGGAGCGUUGUGCUGCAGGACGGCUCGCCUCUAGUUGGAGUCAACAUCACCUUCCCGCAGCAUCCAGAGUACGGAUUCACCAUCAGCCGCAAGGAUGGGAGCUUCGACUUGGUGACCUUCGGCGCCACGUCCGUCACCCUCAUGUUCCAGCGCCCCCCCUUCCUCCCACAAACACGCAUCAUAUGGACACCCAACAACAACUUCCUGGUUUUAGAUCAGGUGACCAUGGCCAGAGAGGAGCCCGGGGCCCCUAAAUGUGACAUCAGGAGUGUUUUAAGUCCCUAUCCGCUGGUCCUGCCGUACCCCCUCCCCAGAUACACAGGAGCCUGUACAGAGAAGGGCCCCGCUGUCCCCGAGCUGCAGGCGAUUCAGGAGGAGGUUUCAAUCCCAGGAGCCUUCGUGAAGCUGAGCUACCUCAGCACUCGCGCCGCUGGCUACUUCUCCCUGCUUCGAAUCCUCCUCACCCCUCCGUCCCCGUCCUCUCCCGUCUCCCCUCUGGGAGGUCUGUCCAAGGUGCACGUCCGUGCUUCUGUCCAAGGACGGCUGUACCAGCGGUGGUACCCCGCGGGGCCGGGCCUGGUGCACAAGCUGGUCUGGAACAAGACGGAUGUCUAUGGCCAGGAGGUGUGGGGGCUCACUCAUGCAACCGUAUCAGUGGGUUAUGAGUAUGAAUCAUGUCCUGGAGUCGUCCAUUGGGAAAGGAGGACGGCUCUGAUGCAUGGCUUUGAACUGGUGCCUUCUAAUCUUGGAGGAUGGUCCCUGGACAAACACCAUGCCCUCAACAUCCACAGUGGAAUCCUUCAUAAAGGAAAUGGAGAAAACGUCUUCCUAUCGCAGCAGCCUCCGGUCAUCAGCACCGUCAUGGGGAAUGGUUUCUACCGCAGCGUCCCCUGCGGUCCCAGCUGCAGCGGCGCCGCUCGGGACAUGAUGCUGUUUGCCCCCGUGGCCCUGGCUAGCGGCCCUGAAGGCUCUCUCUACAUCGGAGACUUCAACUUCAUCCGAAGGGUCCAUCCAGACGGAUACACCAGGACCAUCCUGGAACUCAAGAACCGGGACACCAGGCACAGCACCAGCCCUGCACAUAAGUACUAUCUGGCCAUGGACCCGGUGGGCGAGGUCCUCUACGUGUCUGACACAAGCAGCCGCAGGGUGUACAGAGUGAGGAAUCUCGGGCAGCCCAAGGAUCCAGCACGCAACCUUGAAGUAGUGGCGGGGACGGGGGAGCAAUGCCUGCCGUUUGACCAGAGCCACUGUGGGGAGGGCAGAAAGGCCACGGAAGCUGCGCUCAGCAACCCUCGAGGUAUUGCUGUGGAUAAGAGAGGAGUUGUGUACUUCGUGGAUGGCACCACCAUUCAGAAGAUUAAUGAGCGGGGUUUGCUCUCCACUGUGAUUGGCUCUAACGGACUGAUGUCGACGCAGCCGCUAAGCUGUGAUGCACGCAUGGAUAUCAGCCAGGUGCGACUAGAGUGGCCCACAGAUCUGGCCGUUAACCCGCUGGACAACUCGCUCUACAUCCUGGACAACAACAUUGUUCUGCAGGUGUCAGAGAGCCUUCAGGUGCGGAUAGUGGCGGGGCGUCCCAUUCACUGCCAGGUCCCAGGCAUCGACCACCACCUGGUGAGCAGAGCCGCGGUGCGUGCGACGCUGGAGGCCGCCAAAGCCAUCGCCCUGUCGCACCUGGGAACGCUGUUCAUCGCUGAAACGGACGAGAGGCGGAUCAACCGCAUCCAACAGGUGUCCACCAACGGGGAGAUAUCGAUCAUCUCUGGAGCCCCCACCGACUGCGAUUGUAAGAUAGACCCCAACUGCGACUGUUUCUCUGGCGAUGGCGGCUACGCCCGGGACGCUCGCCUCAAAGCCCCCUCCUCCCUGGCUGUCGCCCCCAACGGCACUUUGUAUAUCGCUGAUCUGGGCAACAUCCGCAUCAGGGCCGUCAUCCCCAACCAGCCUCAGCCCAGCCCAGCUGGACUGAUGGAGAUCAGCUCCCCGCAGGACCAGGAGCUGUAUGUGUUCAGCCAGAACGGCUCCCACAUGUUCACCAAACACCUCAUCACUGGACACUUCCUGUACAACUUCUCCUACGGGACGGACGGCCAGCUGUCGGGGCUGACGAGCCGCGACGGCCGCAGCGUCCAGGUGAGGAGGGACGCUCACGGGGUCCCGCUGUGGCUGGCGCUCCCUGGCGGACAGGUCUACUGGCUGUCCCUCAGCAACAGCGGGAUGCUGAGGAAGGUUUCGGCCCAGGGUCACGACCUCGCCCAGAUCUCCUACCACGGCAACAGCGGCCUGCUGUCCACCAAGAGCGACGAGAACAGCUGGACCACAGUUUAUGAGUACAGCAGCGAGGGGCGUGUGACCAACAUCACCUUACCCACGGGUGAGGUGAGUGGUUUCCAUGGCAACCUGGAGCGCUGGUCUCGAGUGGAGGUGGAGGCUUCCAACCGUGAAAACUUUGUCACCAGCACCAACUUGUCUGCGAGCGACACCAUCUACACGUUCAAGCAAGGUGAGGCCAGAGCUCACAACAGGAACCUGCUCUCCAUAGACUUCGAUCAGAGCACCCGGGUGGGGAAGAUCUACGACGACCACAGGAAGUUCACCCUCCACAUCCAGUACGACGCGCUGGGCCGGCCCCUGGUCUGGUCUCCCAGCAGCAAAUACACCGAGGUGAACAUCAGCUACUCCGCCGGGGGCCUUCUGGCCGCCAUCCACCGGGGGGAGUGGUCUGAGCGGCUGGAGUACGAGAACGAGCGGGUGGUGUCCAGAGCCUGGGUCAACGGCAAGAUCUGGAGCUACACAUAUGCAGACAGAUCCAUUAUGCUGCUCCUGCACAGCCAGCGCCGCUACAUCUUUGAUUACGACCAAACAGACCGCCUGGUUGCCGUGACGAUGCCCAGCAUGGUGAAGCACACCCUGCAGUCGCUGCUCUCCAUCGGCUACUACAGGAACAUCUACACCCCGCCGGAGAGCCAGGCCUCCUUCAUGCAGGACUUCACGCUGGACGGGCGCCUGAGAAGGACUCAGUACCUGGGGACGGGACGCUGCGUCGUCUACAGGUAUACGCCAGCAGCUCGGCUCUCGGAGGUGGUUUAUGACUCCACCUUGGUGACCUUCACUUACGACGAAGCCUCAGGCACCGUCAAGACCAUCCAUCUCACUCACGACGGCUUCAUCAGCUCCAUACGAUACAGACAGACGGGUCCCCUGACCAGUCGGCAAAUCUUCCGCUUCAGUGAGGAGGGUUUAGUGAAUGCCAGAUUUGACUACAGCUACAACAACUUCAGAGUGACCAGCAUGCAGGCCGUCAUCAAUGAGACCCCUCUGCCCAUCGAUCUGUACCGUUACGUCGACGUAUCGGGGCGGGUGGAGCAAUUCGGCAAGUUCAGCGUCAUCUUCUACGACCUCAACCAGGUCAUCACCACCCAUCUGAUGAAGCACACCAAGGUCUUCAACUCCUAUGGUCAGGUGGUUGAGGUCCAAUAUGAGAUCCUGAAGUCCAUCGCCUACUGGAUGACCAUUCAGUACGACUCAGCGGGCCGCGUGACCACCUGUGACAUCAGGGUGGGCGUGGACAGCAACGUGACCCGUUACACCUAUGAGUACGAUGCAGACAGUCAGCUGCAGAGCGCCUGGGUCAAUGAGCGCCCUCAGUGGCGUUACGGAUACGACCUCAAUGGGAACAUCAACCUGCUCAGUCAUGGAACCAGUUCUCGACUCACACCUCUACGGUAUGACCAGAGGGAUCGGAUCACACACCUGGGUGAGCUGCAGUACAGCGUAGACGACGACGGUUUCCUCCGCCAACGGGCCAACGACCUGUUCGAUUACAACUCUAAUGGUCUGCUGACCCGUGUCUUCAACCGCGCCACUGAGCGCGCCGUCUGGUACCGCUACGACGGCCUGGGUCGGCGUGUAGCCACCAAGAACAGCGAGGGCGAGCAGCUGCAGUUCUUCUAUGCCGACCUGUCAAACCCCACCAGGGUGAGCCACCUGUACAACCACAGCAGCAACCUGAUCACGUCGCUGUACUACGACCUGCAAGGCCAUCUCAUCGCAAUGGAGCUCAGCAGUGGGGAGGAGUAUUACGUGGCCUGCGACAGCGUGGGGAGUCCCAGGGCAGUGUUUUCCAGCAAGGGUCGGCUGGUCAAAGAGAUUCUCUACACCCCCUAUGGGGAGGUCUACCAGGACACCAAUCCUGACUUCCAGCUCACCAUCGGCUUCCAUGGAGGGCUAUACGACCCCUUCACGCGAUUGGUCCACCUUGGCAGACGGGAUUAUGACACCCUCGCCGGUCGAUGGACUUCACCCAACCACGAGCUGUGGGGGGAGCUGAGCAAGGAACCCAAGCCAUUCAACCUGUAUGCCUUCAACAGUAACUGCCCAGUCGGGACGGUGGAGGAGGUGACGCAGUUUACAACCGAUAUUGGUAGGUGGCUGCAGCUGUUUGGCUUCCAGCUUCAUAAUGUUGUCCCAGGAUUCCCAAAGCCUGAAGUGAGCCGAAUGGAGCAGACAUAUGAGCUGAUGAAGACUCAGACAAAGACUCAGGACUGGGACUCCAGCAAGGUGAGGAUUUCCUGUCUCUACUAA